CUAAGCGAAUGCACUAUUCAAAGCCUGUUGCUGAGUAUCUGACGUGGCCUCGAACUCCAGCCAAAUCAGAUUUCUACUGUAAAAUCCAUUUCGAUUAAUUGAUUUUUAAAUCACUAGUGCCAUGGGUUUCGUCAGUUGGUUAAAGGGCCUCGAAUUAUGGGCUAAAAUUCUUUUGGGUGUGUUUACGGUUGGCGUUGUCGUUACGGUCAUCACAGUACCUAUUGUUGUAACGUCGAACAACAAGACAACUACAACGUCAACUACACCGUCAACUACACCGUCAACUACACCGUCAACUACACCGGCAACUACACCGGCAACUACACCGGCAACUACACCGGCAACCACCUCUUCGACAGUCGCCUCCUCGACGACAACAACCGCCUCGACGACAACAACCGCCUCGACGACAACAACCGCCUCGACAGACGCCUCGACAGCACCAACCGACCCCUCGACGGCACCAACCGACCCCUCGACAGCACCAACCGACCCCUCGACAGCACCAACCGACCCCUCGACGGCACCAACCGACCCCUCGACGGCACCAACCGACCCCUCGACAGCACCAACCGACCCUCGACGCCAACAACCGACCCCUCGACGGCACCAACCGACCCCUCGACGCCAACAACCGACUCGACGCCAACAACCGCCUCGACGCCAACAACCGCCUCGACGGCCAACAACCGACCCUCGACGCCAACAACCGACCCUCGACAGCACCAACCGACCCCUCGACGGACCAACCGACCCCUCGACGGCACCAACCGAACCCUCGACGACAACCGAACCGACAACAACCGAAUCGACGACAACCGAGUCAACGACAACCGAAUCGACAGCACCAACCGAACCUCGACGGCACCAACCGACCCUCGACGGCACCAACCGACCCCUCGACGCACGACAACCGACCCUCGACGGCACCAACCGACCCUUCGACGGCACCAACCGACCUCUCGACGGCACCCGAAUCCGACGACAACCGAAUCGACGUUCAACCAUGGGUUUCGUCAAAUGGCUCAAGGAUCUCGAAUUGUGGGCAAAGAUACUACUCGGCUUGCUGGUGGUUGGCGUCGUCGUUACUGUCAUCACCGUACCAAUCGUCGUGACCAAUAACAACAAAGGAUCGUCUAAUGACACGGAACCCGCUACUACCACGACGAUCGAACCGCUAACCGAUUCUACCACCGAAACCGAUUCAAUGACAUCAACGGAUUCUACAUCAGAUAGCGCGACAUCAACGGAUUCUACGACAGAUAGCGUGACAUCAACGGAUUCUACGACAGAUAGCGUGACAUCAACGGAUUCUACAACAGUUAGCGCGACAUCAACGGAUCUCACAACAGAUCCGGCGACAUCGAGCACAUCACUCCCUACUACAGAGAGUACGACGGUCUCUGUUGCGGUAUCAGAAACUACAUCAUCAAUCACUACAUCGAUGCCAAAGGGAAAAAUGUUAGAUGAGCACUUCAGAGUUGCUAAUAAAUUCAACAGGAGGGGAAUGGAGAUGCCAUCCGAUUACGAGGAGAAGCAAUUUAUUCGUUCUGGUUAACUCCUUUGCCGAUUUUGCCUUUUGGAAUUGAGUGUCACAUUGUUGUCUAUCUUUCGUACGCCACGUCAAUAAUAAAGUAUACGAUCUUUCGGGGAA